CAAGCGAAGCGGAAACCCACACGACGGCCGCCGCCGCCGCACGAAUCUGAAAAAGUUUUCCAACAAAACAAAAUAAUAGGCAGCAGCAAUUUGGUCAAUGUUAUGACUAAUUGGAAUUAUAACGUGGCCAGCGCUUAAAGCGAGCGCUUCAGCAAUUUAAUACCGUGUUCAGAUAUUCAGUUAAUAGAAAACGUUAAAGGUUCUGUGCAAUUUUUGUCGGUAUCUGUUGUCGGGGGUCGCCUUCGUAGUCGUAGACGCUGGCCAAGAGACUUGCCUGGGCAAUAUGAUUGCGUGCAGAAAUCAAUAGAUAAAACCAUGAGCAGCAGCUGCCAGAGCAUCGCCACGGCGGCCAGCAGUGCCGCCACAACAGCAGCCGCCGUCUCCAUGUCCGUUUCGAAUGCCACUUCAGUCGGUUCCCUCAUAGCCGCCGCCUGCAUGCAGCCGCCGCAGCAGCAGCAGCAUCUGACGCACCAGCACCAGCAGCAGCCGCCGGCAGCGUCUCACUAUGUCAACGGCACGGGCAGCCUGGGUCGCCUUAAGUUUCAUCACAAGAGUCUCGAUGCCAGCGACGAGGAGCUCGAGUAUGCGCAGCUAUCGCGCUCCACCCACAUCCUGGGCCGCUACAAGUCGGAGCGUUUUCUGGCCUCCAAGCCGGACGAGGAUCGACGGCGUCGCACCAUCAUUGUGGAGAAGAAGAACGACUCGUACGGCUUCACGCUGCAGAGCUAUGGCAUACACUACAAGUGCGACGAGGAGCUGGAGAUGAUCACGUACGUGGACUAUGUGGAAUAUGGUGGGCCGGCCUAUAGGGCCGGGAUGCGCGAGGGCGACGUUAUACUCUCGAUCAAUGGCAACGACAUGGAGAAGGCCGAUCACAAGACAAUUGUGGAGUUCAUCAAGAAGUGCGAGCUGCGCAUGCGCAUGGUUGUGCUCUUCGAGGAUUGCGUGCGCAAGGUGGAUCUGCACAUGCGCUAUAUACAGCUGCAGAGCAUGCUGCAGCAGAAGAUGAACGAGCUGGAGCGCGUGCAUCUGCGCGAACGUGAGCUGCUGGAGGGCAAGUGGAAGACGCACAGCUUGCCGGCGCGCAAGAAGGCAAAUGCCGCCAACAGCUCGCCCAGCGAGAACGACGGCAUCUCGCCCACAGAGCCGGGCGUCAAUGAGCCGGGCUUCUAUCGCCCGGCCCUGUCCACGGAGGAUGUGGCCAACAUGGCGCUGCGGCAGCAGCCGGUUAUCAUACCGCCGCCGGCACAGUUUAUGCUCACCUAUCACUAUCUGGACCCGAGCUAUCGCUAUGUGCUGCGGCCCGCGCACAUUGAGCCGGGACUGCAGCGGAGCAGCAGCAGCAGCGAUCCCCACCAGGCGCAGCAGGCCAUGCACUAUGUGCUGCAGCGCACCGAGUCGCUGGACACGAACAGCGCCAGCCAGGCGACGCAGUAUCACAGCGCCAGUGCUGGAGGAGCAGGAGCAGGAGGAGCAGGUGUGUCCGUGGUGAAGCCGCCGGCGCCGCCGCCGCGCACCUGCGAGAAGCACAAGCCGCCCGCCAAGCUUGAGAAGACGAAGCAUUGCCAUGCCGGACACUCGUGCAAUCCCUGUGUCGGUCACUUUCGCUGGAAGUCCGCGGAGAAGUCGCACAGCAAUGGGGACAAUGUCAGCCUGGAUGCCUACGAUCUGGCCAGUCCCUGCUGCGAUACGCAGUGCGUGCCGACCCGGCGUCGCCAUCGCCAGCACAAGGAGCACACGCACACGCACACGCACAAGCACAAGCAUCGCGAUCGGGAGCGCUCCGAGCCGAAGGAUAAACAGGCAGCGGGACGGCACAAGUCGCAGACGCAUGCCGCCGCCGCCGCCGCCUCCUCCUCCUCGCCUGUGGUCAAGGCGACGCAGGGGAAUCAUCAUCAUCAUCACCAUCAUCGGCAUGUGCACGAGCAGACGCCGCCGUCGCAGCCGCCGGCACAGGCGCAUCCUCAUCAUCAUUACCAUCACCAGCCCUCGCAGUCGGGCAGCGUGCGCUCGCGCUACUUUGACCUCGCCUCCGGGCUGGCCAGCCACUGCAGCCUGCAUUCGUGCACCUCCAGCGAUUUUGCGCCCGCCGAUACCGCCUCCUAUACGACCUCCAUCAGCACGGAUACGCUCUUCUGGGAGCCCAAGAGCGAGGCGGCGCAGGAGCAUGCAUCGCGCCAGCAUUCGACCAAGUCGCGACAGUCGUACGAGCAGGCACAGCCCGUCCAGGGUCAUGUCCAUGCGCAUCAUCAUCAUCAUCCGCAUUACCAUGUGACCGCCACGCAGGUGCAGCCGUCCCAGAUCUAUCCCAAUAGCAUGGCCUAUGUGCAGAAGCCCAAGUCGUGGGACAAUCUGGCCACCAAGGCGCUGGCUGGACAGGGCUUUGGCUAUGGCUAUCUGGACACGGCGGUGGCCAUGAAGCCGCCGGUCAAGCUGCAGAUUGCCCAGCAGCGGCAUUCGAUGCCGCGUCGCAAUCCCUAUGGCCGUUAUUCCACCUAUGGCGAUGUGGAGAACUAUGCGCCGCCGCCAACCGAAUUUGUGGGCGAGCUAACGACCACCACGACGACCACGAUUACGGCCAAGUCCACGGAGGAGCUGCUGGCCGCCUGCGACUGCCUGACGCCGCAGCAGCAGCAGGCCCUCAAGGCCGCCCAGUAUCAGCUCAGCCAGACGCAGAAGCUCUCGCAUCAGAACUCCUGCCAAAUGGGCUACUAUUCCCAUCUGCCCAGGCCCACCGCGGACGUGGGCAUCUCCACGGGACAACCCCCGCAACAGCAGCAGCAGCAACAGCAGCCGCAGCAGCUGCAGGCGAAUAAUGGCUGCGAUGUUGCCACCGUGUCGGAGGCAACACGCUUGUAGGCCGCCAGCCAUUUAUUUAGCCAUUUUCUAGCCGAAUUCGGGGUUUGGCAGAGCUCUUU